CGCAGCGCAUUCCUCUACACUCGUGCCGGCUAAAACCUCGGACGGCAUCGAGCGAGGGCAUUGCUCUGCUGGCACCGAAAUACAGACGGACGGGAGGAGCUCCGAUACAGCACCAUCAAUCAUCACCACUACUGUCACGCGUUUCUAUCGCCGCUGCGCUGCUCGGAGUGUAGAGCUCGUGGUGGUGCAUAGGUCGUGGUCGCACGAGCGUCAGGGUACAAUGCCGGAAGACUUCGAGGUCGAGAUGAGCUCCCCCGAGGAGGAGACUCAGGACCCGUCGGAUCAUAGCUGCGACGACGAGGGCUUUUCUCCACAGAAGCCGAAAUCCGCGAGCGAAAUCAGAAAAUCCACCAAGCCCAUCAUGGAGAAGCGACGGAGGGCGAGGAUCAACGAUAGCCUGAAUCAACUCAAAGCCCUCAUCCUGGAGACUCUCAGGAAAGAUAGCUCCAGGCACUCCAAGCUGGAGAAGGCUGACAUCCUGGAGUUGACCGUGAAGCAUCUAAGAAGUCUCCACCGGCUACACAUCAGCGCCGCCCUGUGCGCAGCAGACCCGGGCGUGCUGGGCCGCUACCGCGCGGGCUACAGCGAGUGCGUGAACGAGGUGACGCGGUUCCUGUCCACGAGCGAGGGCGUCCACGCGGCGGUGCGGACGCGCCUCCUGGCGCACCUCGCCGACUCCAUGGCGGGCAUCCCCUCCGGGGCCGGUGGGGGGGUCUCCUCCUCAUCCUCCUCCGCCGCCGCCUCAUUCUCAACCUCCUGCCCCUCCUCGUCACCGCUCGCCACUGUACCGGGAGGGAACAACCCCUUAGCCCUGCCGCUGCCCCUGCAGCAGUGCGGCGCGCUGCCCGCGGGCCACCCCGAGCUGUCGGGCCCGCGGCUGCACGAGCUGCUGUCCGUGAUGGCGCGCGGCGAGGUGCAGCUCGUGUCCGCCGGGGACGGCCUCCUGGCCCUGCUGGUCCCGCCAGCGCCGGCCCGCAGUCCAGGGGCAUCGGUAACCCCGGACUCCUCCUCCUCAUCAUCAUUCUCAUCGUCAUCAUUCUCAUCAUUAUCAUCAUCAUCAUCAUCAUCCUUAACCGCGGCCGCGGUUCAACCGCCAACCCGGCCGCCGGGUCCCAAGGAGGUCCCACGAAUGCAGUCUCGGCUCGCCCAGAGGCCGCAGCUGCGGGCCAUAGCGACCGCGCAGGCCGUGUGGAGGCCCUGGUAACGCCAUGGGGGGGGAGGGAGGGCCCCCACACCAUGCCCCGUGCAGGCGGCUUCAGGACUUGUGGGAGUAUGUGAGGAGGUUGCUGGAUACGUGCGUGGACUUGUUGCCGAGAGGACUCAGAGUUGCGUUUCUUCGUGCGCGCUGUGAAUUUGAUAACGGUAGGGGCUGGUGCUGGGAUAAACCCGCCUGGGAACCUGCAAGCGCGCGUUUGUCCAGAAGGUAGAAGUUUACAAGUUCCCAGCCUGUGUUGGUUAACCCCGGAGAUAACUCUUAGAGACCAGGACGAGCCUCGUUUGCAAUAGUGACAUUAGCCUGCUGCCACUAAGGGGAGAUGGUUGCUGCUGUUGUGUGUUUGUGUGUAUAAUGCCAAUCGAGUCAUUUGCGGAUCAUUUUUGAACUUCGCCAAUGUGGACCCUGACGCUGGCACACAAUGGCCUACUCUCGCGAAAGACGUCACGGGAUCUUUUACGUCCGCAGCCAAAAUCGACGGCGCGUGGUAUUUUAAAGCUUAAUGGACCACACACGGCAGUAUUAGCCAGGGCGGCCGCUGGUUUCGAAACGCGAGCCUCUGCGACAGCAAACGCACCAGCGCCACUUCUAGGCCAUGUCAUAGCCGCUUGGUGUGCGAAGGGGAAGGGGAUUCAAUAGGUGAGGUGAGUGAAUCGAGUUGGGUGCAUUAUAUAAUUAUGUAGCCGCCUACAUAAUUCUAGAACAAUCAUUAUUUGGCCAAUACACCUUGUUGCCUUCCCCGCUACUCGUCUGUGGUCCCUCCUCCAGCGUAGGUUGCCUUCAGUAAUUAUCACCGCGGGAUCUCGACAAUGUCAUUUUUGUUGUUUUAAACAGGGCCACUCUCGUGAGUGUGUGCCGAUGCCUUACGUUGCCAAAACAAUGCAGGAAUAGCGACGUGGUAAUUGCCGAGUAACUGCCGGAGCUGCUUAAGAUCGCUUUCACCGUGGAAUUUAAAAAAAUCACACUUUUGUUCGAUGAUCGCCGUGAAACAAUGCUGCUUCGACGAACCAAAAUACAGCACGAGUCAUCGUAAAUAAUUAGCCACGAUCGAUCCACUGCUGGAUGACUACGUCCCCAAGCAAAGGCGCCGUCUCCAUCCUCGCACCCAAGGCACGAGCUGAUUUCACCGUUCCGUCUCCCCGGAGAGAGAUGUUCCCCUCCGUGUGUUUAGAUAUCACCGUUCCGUCUCCCCGGAGAGAGAUGUUCACCUCCGUCGGGGCUACCGCGCGAAAUCGGCCUCGCGUGGCAGCACGGGACGGAUCGCUGAUCACGUCGCAAGAUUGACGGGAGGAGGCCUUCAUAUAGCAGUGAAUCGACCGUGGCUCAUUGCUUUGACUGAUGCUGUUUGACGAUGAUUGCAAUUUAUAUAUCGUGUUAAGUAAUCUUAUUCUAUAAAUUGUGAGCACGUGUAUUAAAUCACUGUCACCAAAGGGCAUGGACACAGUUUCCCAAACCAUAUAAUCACAACCAUGCAAUGCGAGCUCAUAAACUACGUGCCUUGUGUGUGUGUAUCGAGUUGUACGAGACCUUUAUAUAACUAGAGGUUGUAGGAGGUGAUCCAUGUAUAGAUAUCCUAUUAAAAUUAUCUGGGGGGAAAUACAAAAAAGGUCAGAACAUUCAUUUAAAGGCUCUUCGCGUCUUCCCUCAUUCUCAGCAACACCAUAGAUUAGUAGGCAAUAUAUCUCCUUCACAUAUCUCGAUGAGAUUGUUUUAUUAACAUGGGGCCCUGUUUGAACAAAAAAAACCCUAUGGAUUUCAUAACCCCCCCCCGCCCCUCUAUCCACCCCGCCCUGGGAGGUUUCUAAAUCCGUCGCUGCUCCUCUCUGUAAGAGGCGGAGCCAUCACUUUCACACAACAUUCAGUCACCUGUUGCGAACAAAGCAUUUCAUUACAUUUGCGUAGGGUAUCUAUAAAUGGAUCAGCCCGCAUCCUCAGCAAUCACCAUGAGCGCUGUGAGCGAAUGUGAUUGGAUGACGCGGCGUGUUUUCGGGACGCGUUCGCCCAAUGGGGGGAGGUUUAGGCUCGCGAGCCACGCGCCAGGCGCGGGCCUUGCCUGGCACGAGGCUAGGCCUAGAAACGAGUUCCACUGAGUCUCGCACUGGCCCCGUGACUUACGCUCGGAUCACGAAUGUUUCGUGUUUGCAAUAUGAGGUGAAUCUGUGUUCUACUGGACCAAGAAAUGCAAUUUCCUAUGUAAAUACGCGUUGUUUUUUGAUACGCCUGUUAUUAUAAAUACUAUUUUUGUAUAAUGCUAUUUUUUAUUGAAUGUCGUGAAAUUAUAUUUUAUUAAUGUGUUUGUUUAAUAUAAAAGAAAUACAUGGAAGGACA